AUGGCGACGUGGGUGGCACACGCGCUCAAUCUUUUCCUUCUUUUGCUGACUUUUAAUGGCAAUCCCGGGCACACAACAAAGACAUUUACAUUUCCAGAAUAUCCGUACAAAGAGACAAGUAAAAAUGAACUGAUGUUCCGUGAGUUUGAACAAGCUUGCGAAGAAAGUGGUGCUUGCAAGACACUGUCGCAGCCCAGGAGCAGUGUUGCUAAGAUACGAUGUAUACGAGAGUGUGUGUCACCCUCUUGCUACAGAGAACUUUAUCUUUUUGAUCAGCUUGAAGAAGGUGAAAUAGAUGUAAGAUUGAACUCCUUCAAGGGGUGCUUUAUGCAACGAAAUGGAAGACCAAAAAAAUAG